CUGUUCUGCAACAUCACCUACACGUUCACGUCGUGCACGGAGAACGAGGCGUCGCGCUACGGCCGCUUCCUGUGCGCCCUGCUGGAGACGGUGAUGCGCUGGCACGGCAGCCGCGAGGUGUUUGAGCGCGAGUGCGCCUUCUUCCCCGGCUUCGUCACCAAGUUCCGCGUCUCCAACAAGCAGAACGAGCGCAGCGACCACGUCGACUACGAGAACUACCGCCACGUCUGCUUCAAGUGGUUCUAUAAAAUCACCAAGGCGAUCGUCACCUGCCUGGACAGCAAGGAGUACGUGCAGAUUCGUAACGCGCUCAAGAUCCUCAUCAAGAUCCUGCCCUGCUACCCGGUGCUUAGUCACGUGGCCAACAUCGUCGAGAAGAAGGUGGAGGCGGUGAUUCAGGCGGAGAAGAACAAGCGGCAGGACCUGGCGCUCAUGGCCACCAGCUACGCCGGCCUGCUGCGCGCCCGCAAACACACCUACAUCCCCGAGAAGGACUUCCACACAGUCGACAAGAGCAAGAAGCCGGCCGCGGCAGCCGCCGCCCCGGCCGCCGCCACCGCCACCGCUGCCGCCGCCGCCGGCACCACCGCCACCGCCACCACCACCGCCGGCAGGGAGGCGCGACCGACCAAGGCUGGCGCCGACCAGGAGGCGGCCGCCGUCGCCAACGGUGUGACCGCGAAGCACGAGCCGGCCGAGCCGCCGGCCGAGACGGUGACGGUGAAGCAGGAGCCGCCGCGGCAGCGCGAGACGCCGGAUAACGCCGACCGGCGGGAGAAGCGGGACGGCCGGCCGCGCGAGCGCGCCAAGGACGACGAGACCCGGAGUCGCUCCGGCACGCCGCGCUCCGACCGCGCCGGCGCCCGGGAACGCAAGCACGACAGCAGUGAGGAGCGGCGCGACAAGAAGGCCUCCAAACACAGCACGCCAGAGUCGGAAACCAAAAAGGUGACCCGCCGCGUGGAGAGGGAGUCCGAUGAGAUCCGCGUCGUCGAGGACGAGUACUUCGAGAAGCCGCGCCGGCCGGCCGGCUCGGCCGUGCGCAGCCUGCCCGAGGCCUCUGACGUCGACAGAGAGGCCAAGCGCCGCCGAGUGGAGAGUAAGAGGUUGGACAAAAUGCCAGAGAAGGACGAGGAGAAGAAAAAGAAACGGAAGAAGUCGGAGAAGGGCCUGGAGGAGGGGGAAAUCAGAAACAAACGAGAAGACAAGAAGGAAAGGAAAAGGGCGUCGCUGGACGACAGGGGAUCGCCGAUCGAGUCCAAGCGAAAGAAGGAUGACGACAAGCCCGGUGAGUGGCCAGGCGGCCGUGCUCGGUUCACGUUCACAGCGUGGACGCGAAGCGGACGCUCCGAGGGCGAUGAGUUCCGCGAGGUCAAGGACAACGGAGGCAGAGGGCCGCGGGAGGAGGAGGUGGAGUUCUACGACGAGCCACGCUACGCACCCGAGUACGACUGGGAGCGGGAGCGGGAGCGGCCGCCUGCCAAGGAGAAACAAUAUCCUUUGGGUGCGCACGCGCGCUGA